AUAGGCCAGAUGGAACAUGCAAUGCAGAUAUAAGGUCAAUCAAAAUGGGUUCUAAUGAAAAUUGUUUGGAUAAGAAAAAUUUAACUGUUACUGAUUAUAAUAGCAAUAUGCAAGAGAUGUCUAGCAAAUCUAUUACAUAUAAACAAUGUAAUAAUAAUUUACAUCUAUUUAAUUUUUCUGAUGAAAUAAACUGCAAAAUAAAACAAGAAUUGUAUGAGAAGAGUCAAAACAGCAAAGAUAAUAUAGUACAAACUACAUGUGGAGGAAAGUCAUCAAAAAAUGAGACAUUGACGCCAAUAAAACAAAAUCUACCAAAGAUAAUUGCAAAUUGUGUUUUACCAAAAGGAAUAAAAAUUCUAAAAGGAGUGAGAAUUGAAAAAUUACGAAUAAAUAACAGCUUACAGAGCAAUAUUCCUACACAGAUCUCUUUAGAACAAGAUGUAAAAACAAGAUGUAAUAAUGAUAAAAGUAUAGCUCAAACUUUUUGUAAUGAUACAACAGAAAUUAUUACUACAAUUGAAAAUAUUAGAGAAAAAAAACAUCAUACAUCCCAUGAAAUAAAUGAAUCAUUUGAUACUUUAAAAAUAUCAAGUCCACUUAAUAAAAUUUAA